CCCAGGGCUGCAGGAAGCUGGGCACAGUGGUGCCAGGGCGGGGAGGGGGCAGCAGGUCGGGAUCCAGAGGCCAGGGACAGCAGGGAGGAAGGUCUCCCUGGUGGUGGCUGACAUGGAGGGGCCCCAGCACGAGUCUUUCCACGUGGUGACGCCGCUGCUGGAGAGCUGGGCGUUGUCGCAGGUGGCGGGCACCGCUGUCUAUCUCAAGUGUGAGAACGUGCAGCCAGCCGGCUCCUUCAAGAUCCGGGGCAUAGGCCACUACUGCCAGGAGAUGGCCAAGAAGGGCUGCAGACACCUGGUGUGCUCCUCAGGAGGCAAUGCAGGCAUUGCUGCAGCCUACAGUGCGCGGAAGCUGGGGGUCCCUGCCACCAUCGUGCUCCCGGAGGGCAGCUCCCCACAGGUGGUGCGGCGCCUGCAGGGGGAGGGCGCGGAGGUGCAGCUGGCCGGGAAGGUCUGGGACGAGGCCAAUGUGAGGGCACAGGAGCUGGCCAAGAGGGACGGCUGGGUGAACGUGCCCCCGUUCGACCACCCCCUGAUUUGGGAAGGCCAUGCCAGCCUCGUGCGGGAGCUGAAGGCAGCCCUGGGGACCCCCCCGGGGGCCCUGGUGCUGGCAGUGGGGGGUGGGGGGCUCCUGGCAGGGGUGGCAGCCGGCCUGGUGGAGGUGGGCUGGCGGCAAGUACCCAUCGUCGCCAUGGAAACCCAGGGGGCUGACUGCUUCAAUGCUGCCAUGAGGGCUGGAGAACCAGUCACGCUGCCGGCCAUCACCAGGUGGGUGUGGGCAGGUGGCUCUUGUGGGGAGCUGGAGGUGGGAGGCUCCUGAGAAGGCCUGAUUCAC